AGGAUAUGCAAGAAAAUGAGAACAAAGUGCUUCAGUAUCUAGGCCUACUUAGUUGAUGGACUGUUCUUGCUUUUUGCCAUGAUGGUCUUCCUUGAAUUUGUGGAAAUUAUGCCGUGAUAGGUGAUUCAUUUUGUAUUCACGCCAUGGACACAAAAACUGUAAAUUAAUCUUCAUAUUAAAUUUACUUGGAGGCAUAAUCAAUAUAAUCAAAGAGACAACUCAACAUCACAACCACUAUGGCCGCAGUCGUCGCGCCAGCGCCUAACGAUCAGGCGCUGCUAAAACAGCAACGGAAGGAUGCUUAUGAAGCACUUGCAGGACCACUGGAGAAGCUCUCGGUGAAACAAAUCGUAGACUUCCGAGAACAAAAAGUAGUGUCCAAGACGGUCACCGCAGUCACGACCGCUACUUUGAGCAUUAUUUUACGGAAAAAGCGCAAUCGUAAGUAAAUGUUGGUGAGCAUGUUGACAGUUAGUAAAGGAAAAAUGAAUGAAAUUGAAUGAGAUUGAUUCCCUUAUAUCGACAAGCAGAAUAUGGUAUGCAUUGCGACGAUGGACCUUGUGCGUAUAUUCUUGAGGCAAUAAUGGGAUACACAUGAAAACCUCUCUAAUCACAGCAGAGGUGGACAACACAUUGCUGAUAGAUGUGCGCGCCGCAGCAGGAGGUCGAAGGGAUGGCGUGCCGAUGGGGUGGAGUUCGGUAGCGAUUUCUUCGUGAGAUGUAGAUACAACAUUCGUGGUUCACAGAAUACAAAUUGCAGUAAUUCUACUUCGGCAGGGACAAGCACACAAGCUAUGAUUUGAAUCUUGAACCCAUACAGUACGUGCAAACCAGCGGAGGUGUAGUGUCAACACCCACUCUUGCAUUUGAUUAAUUUGCAUCUCCCCUUUCAUAAAUUACAGGCCCAGACAGUAAUGCAGAAGCCAGGGCAUUACAUCAAUGCCAUGCGGAGGUUUCCUUACGCAGUGGACAGUGGUAGGAUACCUGAUACGGCUAUCUCGGAAGCGAGGAAAUAUGUAGAGUCCGGCAGCGUGCCAGAACCGAGUGCGCAUCCUGUAGCCCAUCAAGCACAUCAAUGGAUACAUGCUGCGUAUUGAAUUUUGAACCAAGCACGUAGCAGAUUCAUAGAAGUAGUUGUCCACUCAUGACCUCGCGAUUGUUGUUAUCGAAUUUUUAACUAGACUUCGGUGAUAGCCUGACUCUUUCUACUCUAGUCACUUUGAUUUGUUUCAAACAAGAGUUAUAAUCGCGAACUCUCCAACAGGUACAAUUACUUUCAGUUGCGACGAAGGACGAGCAUGGCCAGAGGAAAUGCUGUCGGCUCACAAGUUUACGCUGCGCCAACAGGGAAUAGAGUAGGUAUAAAGUUCUUUUAGGCUCAAGGAGGUUGCAGGCAUGCGGUCAGUUCUGUAAAUUUCGUCUCUUUGAAUUUAGAGAAAGUUGAAGACCUAGACGAGGACGUCGAAUCCUUUGGCAUCUAUUUGGAGAAGCAGACUGCGAACAAAGAGACGAAGUCGGGAAUUGCAGUUGUUGCGCGUGCGCACAUUCCGGACCGUGUCGAAAUUUAGAGACGAAGUUGGGGCCUGCGCCUUGCUUUUUUCUGUUCGGGUUUUUUUUUUCUGCCAUUGUCGAGGCGCUCGAGAGUGGCGCAGGGGGGCGCGUCACUGGUCGGCCGCCAUGUGCGUCGCUGGGCGACAUUGCGACCGGACAGCCAGGGGCACUAAGUCAGCAGCACUGGCCGGGUGCUUGCUCCAUUCUUUCGGGGGGGUGUGUGGCUGGUCGCUCCUUGCGUCACAAGUAUGAGGAGGGCAGGCGGCUGCAGAGUGCUCAAGCCUUCCAGGCAUGUAUGACCCAGGGCUUGGCGGGUGUUUUUUUCUUUGUAAGCGCAGCAUCUUGGCGCCCCUUCUGCGUCGGUCGAGCGCAGUUCGGCGGGGUGUGUGCUCGCUGGCUUUCGUCUCAUUUGCCGACAAACAUGCGCAGCAGGCACUUGCCUGCGCGGCCAGAUGCCUGGGGAUUUGCGCCCCCCCCGCGUCCUUACCUCUCCCUCGUUUGAGAGAAAUGAACGAAGCGCCAUCCUUGUGUCGUCUUAUCUGUCUCGCAUAUGAUCCUACAAAACACAGAGUCCGGCACGAGUCGGUCCUCUGCGUCCUCCGGUAGAUGGCAGAAGGGCUUUGGUGCAACCCAAUCAACGACGGCAAGUUAUGAAUAAGGUCCAUGCUUUCUCCCUUGUUUCUACUUCCUCUCUCGACUUACAGGAAGUACUUCUAUGAAUACCUGGGUUCAUCCUGAAGCCGUAGGUCUAGCUGUACGCCUGAUAGAUAGUCUCCCUAGAUUAGAAAAAACACCCACAUUCAUACAACUGGUUUGACCGUGCCGUCAUCCGGAAGCGGCCUGACCAUCCCAGCAUCUGGCUUUUCCUCUGGUGGUUUCUCAUCGUUUGCACCAAAUAGUCGAACCGUCGGAGGAGUUGGAGCUAAUGUUAUGGAUUUUUUAGUACCGCUCAUAAGGUUGCUACACUGUAGAAAACUGACAUUUGCUGUUUUUAUUCAUCCAUGAGGAGAACUUCUAGUCCUAAGGAUUAGCAAGUGAUCUACUUCUUCUGGUACAAUAAAUGCUAAAAACAGGUAUCAUCUCGCAGUUCUAGUCGUGAAACCACCUCUAGCAUCAACCUUAGCGUCAGCCCUCACAGAGUUCUUCUCCUGGCUCUUCUAACCCCAGUCGUAACAACCAUGCAGUCCACCAUGUGCACGCAGCCCCAGUGCAGAUGCCUAAGAGUAUGCCACCAAAGACGACUGCAGGGUCGCGAGGACCAGCGCAAGCGACUGUCUCGGCUCGACCUGCAUCUGCACAUCCGAGAGCGAAAAGAUUCAGCAGCAGUAUGGGAGGAGGAGGAGGAUUGUAUAGUGACUCUUUUCUUCUUAGGGUUGUGACUCUUUUCUUCUUCGGGCCUUUGACCAGUGACUCUUUUCUUCUUCAACCUAGAUUUGAUACUACCUUGGUUCAAUACAGUUGUAGCUCACUUGAGAGAACUCGUUGUUCCGUCACCUAUAGACGACGUCUUACGGUUCUUUAGGGUGCUUGAAUAAACAACCCCCAUACUAACAACUAGGUCGUCGACCCGGUCCGAGCUAUCCUCGAAUAUUAGUACGGAUGCGAGGAGAUUUGUCGGUUUACCCGAUUAUGAAGUCGAGUUGGAACAGAUGCGGAGGGAGGUCCGGGAACUCAAGUCACAGCAGUCGAAGGUACUAGAAACUUCUAAAAUUGUUUUUUACAACCAACCAACCAACUGAUUCCGCAUCGAGUUUUCGCAACUUCCUUCGUUAUCUCUUUGUUUAGUCUGCUUUUAUUCUGUUGAAGUAUUUCUGAUCACGGCUGUGCUAGGCUAGUUGAUGGCUUUAGCGUUCUUUAGUUCACUUGAGUAUCCUGCUCCUUCAUCAGUCUUUCUAUAGCUUUCUCUUUGUGUCUGUGAAGUGUCUGCUUUCUCUGCGCCCACCGCUGCUGGUGCGUCGAACUAAAUGGAAAAAUUUGUAAUUGUAACUGUAAUUAAGUUUGUGGAGUACCGUGUCACAAGCGGAAAGACCAUCAUCUUCACCUCCACUAGGCCCAAUGGGACCUCCGCAGACAGGAGAAGAAGACAGUAGCGAAGACAAAGGCGGACGAAUUAGAGGGUAUCCGGGAGUGGCGUGCGAGUGAGCAACGGGCGAUGAAAGAGCUAACGGAGCAACAAAAAGCAGAAGCGAAGAGACGUGACUUGAUAGAAAGUCGGGACUUUCAGAAUUUCAAGAAAGAACGCAAACGAAUGGAACAAGAAGCUGAAAAGAAGUUCUUCGCGGAUCAGUACUAGAUGUUGUCUCCUUCAUGCUUAAGUAUUCAAUCAUUGAAAAUAAUCAACGCGACCAUUAUAGAUACUACUACAGGGAAAUGAAAAGAUCACUUACUAACUACUAGGGUUUACAACUUCAAUAUAACAUACUAUAGAUACGAAUACGGUAAAGACUUUGCUGAGUAUCGGCAAGCUGUGCGGGAAAAGGAGAAGGCAGAAGAGGAGGACCGCGCAAGACAAAAGGCAGAACGCGUUGCCCAUGAAAGAGCACUCAAGAAACAACAGGUAUUUACUUCUAUUUUAUACUUCUAUUUAUGUUUAUCCAUAGAUUUACCACUACUACCCACUAUAAUUCUUAUCUGUUGUGUAUUAGUAAUUGAUGUGGCGUACUAGCUUGCAACUACUAAUAUUAACCUGUUACUUUCUUGUUCGUGACUCCUAAUUAGCCAUUUUGGAAAAUACUACUUCCUAAGAUAGUACAGCUACAGGGUCAUUAUCCUCUUCGUAAAAAAUUGGUAGUUCUUGAGUUAUCCUCUUCGGUCAUUAUCCUCUUCAUCCUACAAUCCAUCCUACAAUCCAUCCUACGUCCUCUCUCCCCAUUCCUCAGGCCCUCUUGGAGAAGGAGAGAAGCGAAGAGUCGCGCCAGUUGGACCGCAAGUUGGAAAUCGACAAGAUGAAACGGGAUUUACUGAAACAAAAGGACGAGCUCAUGUCCCAGAUCAGCUAUUCUCAUACGAGAAUGCAAGACGUGGUAAACUCCGACGUCUGGAGAACGGUUGCAUGAAGAUAGUAGCAAUGGUUGCAUGAAGAUAGUAUAGCAAUGACACUUCUAGCGCUUGCAGGGAGAACGAGGAGGAGGAUGAGGAGACUCUUUAUGCUGCUGUACUUAAAACCGACGCUGUUGCAGGUGGAGCCCUUGUGUUGAGUUUGAUACUCUAAUUAAUAGCAAGAUUAUAUUACACGAUUUUAGUGCUAGGGCAUUAAGAAAAAUGAGCUACUUGCAUUAGCGCUAGCUAGCUUCAUUAUAUUGAAUUGUUUUUCCAUUUACCAAAAAGUUGGCUAAGUAAGGUGAAAUCUCUCUUUGUCAUAUUAGUCUUACUUAUAUGUUGAUGUCGUUACCAUCAAAUAUCUGAUAUCGUUUUUUAUCAUAUGCUAUGGUCAUAGAUGAAGUACUGUAGUUCAUCAGUUGUGCAAUCAAUAAAAAUUGUAACUGAAGAUUUGGCUCCCGCUCAAAAAAGAAGCAGGUCACUUUGUUUUUGUAUUUUCUGUUGUGAAGGAGAUAACUAGGGGGAAUCAAGACAUACAGGCUAAGCCUUAUUCCCCAACGGCCGUUCAAGUAAACCUUAACCCAAUAACUAAUAAUUCUAAAUGUGAUUAUAUCGUUUUUAAGCCAAAAAGGAUUGUACAAACUUAUUGUCGCCUCAAUAUGAAUCAAAGAUGAUUUUUUCGCCGUGAGAAAUUUCGGAGUCGCCCGUUUAGAGAAACUAUCAAACGAAGAGAGCUCGAGAAUUCUGAAAGCAGACAUGUAGUUCAAGAUUAAUAGCAACAGGUAGUGAAAAGAUUAUGUGCCUAUUUGAGCAUGGAAAUUUCUUCGAGCCGUACCCACGAGAGGACGCAUGUGAAGC